CGCCAACGUAUUCCAACAAAUUUCUUAUGAAACCUGACUAUUGCCAAGACUCACAAUGGUGGUGUCUCAAUCGCACCGCUGAUAUUCCAUCAGAAAUUGCCAAAUGGAUGCUAGUGGAUACUGACCAAGUAACUCUAUCAGGAGAUGAAUGUAACAAGGUCGGAGUCAGUUAUUCUGCAUUUCAAGAUGAGUCUAGUCGAUGUCUUCGAGCUGUCAACUCCUGUCUUGGCAAUCAACUUGAAAAUUUCUACAAAAGCGAUCUCAAAGCACUCCAAGAAGGAACUUCGGGUAAUUAUUUCGUUCAGUUCUUUGGGGAUUUUGAUGGUAAUGAAGUUUCUGGAGCCAACCCAAAAAUGCGUUUUUGGACUGAUAGGAUUCAAAGCAGCGACAUUUUAUUACAAUUUGCGGCAGAAAGUCUGUUUCAUGUCGUGGAUGUGAGUGAAGGCAAAAUAAUUGGUGCAAACGUUAAUCUCGUUCAAGCUUAUUCAAAAAAUGGAAAAAUGACGGUAACUCUGCAAAAUACUGGUAAGGUGGAAGCAUCUUACGAAGUUGCUGUAUCUUGCCCGAACAAUAUUCUUCCUAUUUUGGCUCAACAAGUCUAUAUUCUGCCAAAUCAAACCAAAAACGUAACCUUUCAAGUAGAUGUGGAAAAUACUCAUGGAGGACACUUUGUCUGUAAUGUCUCCUUACAAAACUCUAUAGGUCAGUCUAUUUCCAGGUACCAAGUGAAGGUAGAGUCAUCUGGUAUUAACGUCAGUACUGGACCACAAGCUGGUCAACCAAGCGGCUCUGAUGGAACAAGUUCUACAAAUUAUGGUAGCUCCAGUGCUUGUCAGAAAAGUUGUGGCAGCUUCUUUAACAUUAUUUGCUUCUUUGAGCACAGUUGUUGGUUGAAUAUUCUCUAUGUGAUUUUAGUAGUUGUCGGGCUUCUCGUUGGGGGCUGCAUUGGCAUCAAAUUAUUUCUGCAUUUUGGUCUUAGCUUCCUUAUGGAUUUGUUCAAAAUGCCUCAAAAAAGAAAUCGAACCAGGAGGAAUCAUCGCACACGCGAGCAAGACGACUCUUCGACAUAUAACUCCUGUGACACAACUCCAUAUGUUGCUCCUCCUGCAGCAGUUUAUUAUGUUCCACGGAAACAUCAUCAUCACCACCAGAAACGGCAAUGUAUCAUCGAGGCACCUGAUGUUUACCGUUAUGAGACGGAACCGACCACAACUUACGAUGAAUCAGCAUAUCACAAAAAAAUACAACCAGUUCGGAAACGGAAUUAUGAAAAAAUUAAAUCCCAUCAUCCAUGAUGAAUGGACUCCACAUGCUAUUCCUUUUACAAAUAUCAUAAUCAUAAAAUUCACUCUGGCGAC